CGUUCGGAGGCAAUAUGCAAUGCACUGAACUGGUACAAUACUCAAGCCACUGCUCUAAUCCCUCCGCUACCGCAGCUGACAUGGAAGGAUAUCGUGGAGUAUAGCUUUCUGGGUGAGUUUGAUCUUUUGCGUCAAUCUCGUUCUGACAUUCGCACUUCGGAUUGGACUAAACCUGCUUAUCGUGAAGCUAUGGUGAAGUACUUUAAGAUCCGAUGUGCUCAUGAAGAAAUACAGAGGUUGAAUAUUGAAAUUCACCGGCUGCACACAGCCAUACAUGACGAAGAACUCAAGGUGAACGCCACCAUUGAUACCCUUCUCAUAUCAAACCGGCCGGUCGGACUUGAACUGCAAUGUCAAUGGCAAAAAUGUGCUGCUGUCAAUGUGCUACAUCUGCUUAAAUUAAAUCAGAUCACAUCUCAGGCAAGCUUUUCUGGGCAACGAGGAGUCGGCAUUCGACUCCAAAGCACACUAACAUCGUCUGGUGAUGGUAUGUCUCCUGCUCUUCAUUAUUUGAAUUGA